UGGGGUGUGGAGCUCGAGUGUGCUGUAGGAGGAUCUGUCUCGAGACCGACACCCGGAGCAUCAAUGAGCGAAAAGACAGGACGAUGUGGAUCCUCUCGGCAUAUAAAAUGAAGAUCAUUUUGGUGACAUUUUCUUCUUUUCAUCGCUAAAACUGUGGAUGUAUUUUUGCACACGAAGCGAGGACUAUAGCGCCGAUCCAGUGUGUGAGAUCUGCCUGCCAUUUAUGCUAAUUUAACAGACAGCAAUCAAAGCAGCCAUGAGCAUGUUAUCGUUUGUACUCAUUGCCAGCUUGUGAUUGUUUGUGUUUUCAUGUGAGAUAUAAGUAUCAAGUUGUUUUGAAUGUUUUAUUAAUGACAAGAAUUCCAAUGGUGACAAUUUUCAGCUAGCAGGCAAGGUGUUUGUGAUCAAUAUAAUUAUAUAUUUUUUUAGAAGCCAGUCAUGUCUAAGAACAAGAGCAGUGAGUCAGUGAAGGUGGUUGUUCGAUGUCGACCCCUGAACCGGAAAGAAGAGUCCAAUGGGCCCUCGGGAAUCAUUGUGCAGAUGGACCUACGGCUUGGACAGGUGGUCCUUAGGAAUCCUCGAGCGUCACACAGUGAACCCCGGAAAACGUUCACAUUUGAUGCUGUCUAUGAUGCCAAUUCUAAACAACGGGAUCUGUACGACGAAAGCGUUAGGCCUCUGAUUGACUCUGUUCUGGCAGGAUUCAAUGGUACCAUUUUUGCUUAUGGACAGACUGGGACUGGAAAGACGUACACCAUGCAAGGGUUGUGGUUGGACCCUGAAAAACGGGGGGUGAUACCCAACGCUUUUGAUCACAUCUUUACGCAUAUCUCCCGCUCGCAGUCUGAUAAGCAGUACCUGGUACGGGCAUCCUACCUGGAGAUCUAUCGCGAGGAGGUCCGGGAUCUCCUGGAUCCCAACCAUGGCAACGCCCGAGGACUGGAGCUAAGAGAGAGUCCAGAGACGGGAGUCUACGUACCAGAUCUCACCUCCUGUGUCUGCAAGAGCAUCAAGGAGAUAGAAGAGGUGAUGAACGUGGGCAACCAAGCGAGAGCCGUCGGGGCCACAGACAUGAAUGAACAUUCGUCCAGGUCUCACGCCCUGUUCCUAAUCACGGUGGAGUGUGGCCAACCGGGUCCAGAUGGGAGAAAGCAUAUCCGGGUUGGUCGCCUCAACCUCGUGGAUCUGGCUGGUAGUGAGCGCCAGGCUAAGACAGGCGUCCAAGGGGAACGUUUAAAGGAAGCUGCAAAGAUAAACCUUUCUCUGUCUGCGUUGGGGAACGUUAUAUCAGCGCUCGCAGAUGGCCGUAGUGGUCAUGUGCCGUACCGGGACUCAAAGCUGACCCGCUUAUUGCAGGACUCACUAGGUGGGAACGCCAAGACGGUCAUGGUUGCCACUCUAGGCCCCUCUUCCCAACAUUAUGACGAAACCCUCACCACCCUCCGCUAUGCCAACCGAGCCAAGAACAUCCAAAACCAGCCUAGAGUCAACGAGGACCCCAAAGACGCACUCCUCCGAGAGUUCCAGAGUGAAAUUGCUCGGCUUCGGGCCCAGCUCAACCACAGGAAGUGGAGGAGCCAGCAGAAGAAGGAGCAGGUGGACGGCGAGGGAGAUGAAGAUGCCGAGUGUGAAGAGGAGGUGGAGAAGGAGGCAGAGGACUACGUGAAGCAAGAGGAGCAGCGCCUGGAGAGGGAGAAGGAGGCCAUCAGAGGCGAUAGAUCCCUGAUGGCUGAGGAAAAGCACAGGCUUCUUGGGGAGAAGGAGAGGAUGAUGGGAGAUCUCCGGAAGGAGCAGGAAGCCAACGAGCAGCUGACUGCCAAGUACAAGGCAAUGGAGAGCAAGCUACUGGUCGGUGGAAAGAACAUCAUAGAUCACACCAAUGAGCAGCAGAAGAUGCUAGAGGGGAAAAGACACGAGAUAGCUGAGCAGACACGCAGAGAGAGGGAGAUGCAGCAGCAGAUGUUGGUGCAGGACGACGAGACACUGGAACUGAGGGAUACUUUUACUUCUCUGCAGCAAGAGGUCGAGGCAAAGACCAAGAAACUCAAAAAGUUGUAUGCCAAGCUUCAGUGCAUCAAAGCUGAGAUCCAGGAUGUGAAUGAUGAGCACGUGAGGAGCCGCCAGGAGCUGGAGCAGACGCAGAAUGAACUCACCAGAGAGCUCAAGUUCAAGUACCUGAUCAUCGAGAACUUCAUUCCUCCAGAAGAGAAGAAUAAGAUAAUGAGCAGAAUGACCUUUGACACCGAAGAGGACCAGUGGAAGUUCCAGCCUCUCGUUCCCACCGAGAGUAAACCUUUACAGAUGAAGAAACGGCCAACCUCAGCGGUGGGAUACAAACGACCCCUCAGCCAGUACGCCAGGGUUGCCAUAACGAUGGGGGUCAAUACCAGAUUCAGGGCGGAGAACAUCAUGUUUCUCGAGCUGGACAUGAACCCUCCAAACACCAACUCCCUGGGUCGCCUAAAGGAGACGGAGGGAAACCAAAGCUCCUCCGUGGACAGCUCGCCCACCAAUGAUGGAGGGCUACACAAAUCUCGCUCCUGGUGUCAAAGCCAAAAAUCUAUCACUUCUUCCUCUUCUAAUGUUUCCCUGACUUCUUGCACUACGGCUGUGCCCGCAGCAGCGCAAUGAAGAUUUUUUUUUUUGAAGCCCGUAUUUAUUUUAAUGCAAUUUUGGUGCUGGGACGGUCAACACAAAAUAUGAACUCUUUCAUCUUUUUUUGCGGGGAACUAAAGGACCUUACAAAAACGUAUCAUUCCGUUGCAUGUGAUCGAGUCUUUUAAUGUUUCGAUAAAUGACGUGUGUGUGUGUGUGUGUGUGUGUGUGUGUGUGUGUGUGUGUGUGUGUGUGUGUGUGUGUGUGCGUGUGUGUGUGUGUCACCAAAGUGGCUUUAAACCUGUGUAUGAUAUCCGUGUACAUAUUUCAUGUGUUUGUGUCUUGUAGGGUCAAACGAAAUGCCAUCAUGCAUUCUUUUAAAGGGUUAACGUCUUGUUUGUGUUGCGUAUUAGGAAACGUGUUGCAGUCAGUGGCAGCUAAUUUGGAAACCAUGGUCACAAUGUCUACCGUAUUGACCCGAAUGUGAGACAUUUCUCUUUCAAAACCUGUUUUUGAAAAAAAAAUGGACAAAAUUUGAAUAUCCAAUGACACAAUUUUUCAUGAACCCCUCUUCAUUGAUCAUUAUUAACCUAAAAUUAGCAUCAUAACUCUGUCUCUGUUGUUUGUCACUGGUGAUGACUGUGAGUGACAGGAAGAAAAUCUCUAACUUGCUCGGGGGGGGAGGACGCUGUUUGGGUCAAUACGGUAAUUUAAAUGAUAGUAGAGGAUGCCUUAAAAUCUAACCAAAAGGGAAAAAAACAUUUUAAUUUUUUUCAUUUCAGAUCGUAAUAAAAUUAGUAAGUACAUUUUAUUUAUAAAGCGCUUUUCACAGAUAAAAUCACAAAGCGCUGCACAAAACCUCAUAAAAAGGAUACAAAGUAGAUUAAAAUGAUAGUUAAAAGGUGCAUUAACUAGAAGCUUUACUAAAAUGAGAAGUUUUCAAAUGUUUCUUAGAAGUUUGGUGCAAGUUGUUCCAGAUUCCGGGAGCUGGAGCCUGGAAUGCCUGAAAAACAAGUUUUUGGGAUCUUUAGAAGACCCUGGCCUGAAGACCGAAUGCUGCGCCCUAAAGUGUAAUAAAGAAUCAGAAUUGUGUUUUCAUGAAAGUAUCAAUAACUAUUCAUGAUAUCCAUAGUAACUAUUUAAAAAAAAAUAAUAACUUGCCCGACCUCUGAUUUUUAAUGGGUGAUGACUGAGCGACGGGAAGAAAAGUUCAGACCUUGCUUGGGGAUAUGUCAUUUUACUCAUUACGGCAAAAGGGGUGCUCAAAAAAAUGUAAUUCUUAUUCAUCCCGAUUAUAGAUGGAUUUAUAGUUUUUAAAAUCACUAAAAAUAAAAAAAUAAAUACAAUUUUUUUAAAGAAUCAAUUUUUAAAAAUACGUUUUUAGGCAAACUUCAUGCUUGCUUGCUGCGCAUACAAGUCAUACGUCAGCAACCAAAAGGAGGUUUUGUAACCUGUAAUCUGUAAACGUUUUAUAAUAAAUAUUUGAUCAAUUAAUACGAUAUGAGAAUCGUCACCCCAAGAAUCGGAACUGGAUCGAAACGUGAGGUGCCCAAAGAUUGUAAUUUAAAUGACAAGAGUAUAGGAUGCCCUAACCUGAAAUCUAAUUAAAAGUAAAAAACAUGUUUUAUUAUAUUUCAGUUCAAGUCUUAAAGGCCUACUGAAAUUAGAUUUUCUUAUUCAAACAGGGAUAGCAGGUCCAUUUUAUGUGUCAUACUUGAUCAUUUCGCGAUAUUGCCAUAUUUUUGCUGAAAGGAUUUAGUAGAGAACAUCAACGAUAAAGUUCGCAACUUUUGCUCGCUAAUAAAAAAAGCCUUGCCUUUACCGGAAGUAUGUGCGCGUGACGUCACCGGUGUGAGGGCUCCUCUCAUCCUCACAUUGUUUAUAGUGUGAGCCACCAGCAGCAAGAGCAAUUCGGACCGAGAAAGCGACAAUUUCCCCAUUAAUUUGAGCGAGGAUGAAAGAUUUAUGGAUGAGGAUAUUGAUAUUGAAGGACUAGAAGAAAAAAAAAAAAAAAAAGCGACGGCUCCGGGCGGCAGCCAGUGUGAGCAUUUCAGAUGAAAUUAGACACAUUUACUAGGAUCAUUCUGGAAGAUCCCUUAUCUGCUUAUUGUUUUACUAGUGUUUUAGUGAGAUUGUAAAAACAUACCUCAAAGUCGGAUGACUGCGGUGAACAUGCCAGUGUCACAGAGAAAAGCUCACAGCUGCCUUUUUUGACAGCUACUGCAGGACGACGCAUAAUCCACUGAUGUCUCCGGUAAGAUAUAUAUAUAUAUCACAAUUUUCCCAUCCAAAACAUGCUAGUUGGCAUAGAAAAACAUGUUCGCUUGACCGCUCUGUGUUAAAGCUUUACAACAGACAAAGAAACAUCGGCUGUGUUUCGGUGCUAAAGACAGCUGCAAUCCACCGCUUUCCGCCAACAGCACUGUUCUUUAUAGUCUCCAUUAUUAAUUGAACACAUUGCAACAGAUUCAGCAACACAGAUGUCCAAAACUCUGUGUAAUUACGCGAUGAAAAGAGACGACUUUUAGCCGUGUUUAGUGCUGCACUAAUAUUUCCUGACAGUCCGUGACAUCACGCCCACGCGUCAUCAUUCAGCGACGUUUUCAACAAGAAAUUCCCGGGAAAUUUAAAAUUGUAAUUUAGUAAACUAAAAAGGCCGUAUUGGCAUGUGUUGCAAUGUUAAGAUGUCAUCAUUGAUAUAUAAACUAUCAGACUGCGUGGUCGGUAGUAGUGGGUUUCAGUAGGCCUUUAAAAAGAUAUUUAUAAUUAUAGUAUAAUAAAAUUAUCAAUAUUGAUAAUAUAGGUGAAGAAUAUUUCAAACAACCAAAACAUCCUUCUGAUACAAUACAAUGUUAGGUUUACGUAAAUAAUAACACAUAUGUAUUUAGACAAUGGGACAUUUAUUUAAGAAGUGAGUAUGUAAAUAUAUAUAUAUAUUAAUAUAUAUAUGAUAAUGGACAAAUCUAUUAAUUGUUACAAAUGUGGUGGAUUACUGGCAGCAAUUUAAACCACUACUACUAAUUUGUGAUUUAAACGAGUUUAGAACAGCCAUAUCGGGAAAAAAACCUGAAUAAUUAUUGUUGAUAUAAAUAAGAACACAUUGGGCAACUUACUGUAAAACUUAGAAGGCAGCAGAACUAUGUGAUUUCUCCUAGCCAAUCAGCGAAAAGAAAGGUUAUAAUGCCAUAUAUAUGAAAGAAAGAAGUGUAUAUUAUACAAAUAUUUACAUUAUUUGGAGAUACUAAAAGAAAAAAAUAUGAUGUAAAUGUGUUUCCACCAAACUGUUUUGCACACAGCAUACAGACCAGACAUUCUUAGACAUGUGAGUGGUGGUCACUGAGCAUAUCUGAGCACCUAAUUGACCCAGUUUUUUUUUUCCCAGGAAGAACUGAUUCACCCAAAUGUUCAUGUUGAGUGUCGUCCAAUGAAAGUGAAAGUGGAAGUAAAUGCAAUUGACCUUUAAAAACAGGAAGAACUGUAGUGAUUGCGUGAUGAAUACUAAACGUGCAACGCGAGAGGAUUAUUUUCAUUAGGUUACAGAUGCAAGGAAACUACGAGUCAGGGUAGAUUUUCAUUGUGUACGUUUAAUAAUGCUUUUUUAUUUUUAUUUAUUGGAUUUUAUCCGCUAUUCAUACAUUUGAACUCUGAUGGUAACAGCAGGGUGAAUGUGAUUGGUCUUUACACAUUGUCUCCUUGUUAUACACGUGUCCGUUCUGUGUCGGGAUUGUAAAAUAUCACAUGCCGAUGGAGGAGGGUUGGGAAAAAAGGAAAAAGGUUGGAUGGGGGGUGGAUGCAGCGAGCCAAAGACAAUCAGGAAGUGAGGAAGGACUGUGGAGGAGGUGGAUACGGAGCCAGUCUCCAUGGUAACCUGCCAGUGGAGGGAUUGGAUGGUAGGGGGGUCGCGUAUAUCUCUGUGGUUGUAAAAAAGCUGAGCUCGUCUGUCUUGAUUGGGGGGAAACACUAAUAAAAACACUUUCAAAAGCAA